AUGAUGAUAAUGCUGUUAAUCAGGAGUGCAUCAGCUGGAUUUCUGAAACGUCACUGCGAACUGCACAAGCCACAGAUAUACCAGUGGCCACCUGUUUAUAUUGGUAAGCGCUCUUCACUUGUUACAAACACUACAGCGGAUGAUUUCACGAAGCCUGAAGGAUACGAGGAGCAACAAAAAAUUCCGGAAAAUUUGGUCAUAUCACCUCUUGCAACUCCUUUUGUUAACGAGAAACAACCUCUGGUAACCGAUAAUCCUAAGCAACAUUCCAUAAUACGGCAUUCAGGGCAAAAAUAUUUAUGUGGCUUCUGUGGUCGUCAUUUCAAAUGUUAUACCCUACGUCUUGUGCAUUGCAUUAUCAGGCACUCAGAACAUAUUGCUAAGGAAAAAUAUAAGUCGUUAUUAAGGGAACGAUUGAAUAUGUGUUACAGUGCUACUGAUACAACGGAAGAAGUACUAGACAGUUGUAGUGUAUUAGCACAAACUACACAUCACUGUUCAUACUGUCCCUUUACUUGCAAACAGAAGUCUCGUCUUUUGCGACAUGAAAAUAAGCAUAUCGUAAAAGCUGAACAUCAAUGUAAACAUUGCACAUUCUCAUGCCGUUCAACAGUCGUACUGAUGCAACAUCUGCGACUUCACCAGGAAAUCCCCAAGCUGCUUCAGAUGCCUGGACGUCCAAAAGUUCUCCACGAUAAUGAGAAAACUUCUACCUCUACUACUAAAGUGGAAAAGUGCAGUGAAUGUCCUUAUACCAGCCGACAUAUCUGCGAUUUGCGAACUCACGCACAAAUGCAUGUUGGGAAACGAGAAUUUGCAUGUGAGCAAUGUACAUAUAGUACAAAACGAUCUCACGUUCUCGAUGCACAUUUGCAACUUCAUAUGGCUGAAAGAGAAGGCAUCACUGGCGUUUCCAACAAUGUACGGAAAGGCGAGGGCUUCAAAAAUCAUUGUAUUUUACGGCGUCGUGGCAAAAUUGUGGGAGAACGAAGUGGUCAUCAAUUGUCAAGCGUGUAUAUUUGUCGUUGGUGUCCCUAUAGAACACGGAUAUGCGCUACGCUUUUUAUCCAUCACAGGAAUCAUUUGUGGAAUGGUCGAUUACGUUGCGAAAAGUGUACGUUCAGUACUUCUUAUGAAACGAAAUUACAUGAUCAUAUGAAACUGCAUCCAUCAACUGAAUCCUUGUCCCAUUCUUCAUCAAGCAAGCUAGCUGUUAGCAACAAACCGGCUAAACUUCCAAAUGGAGAAUAUUCUUGCCGGGAAUGCCCUUUUAAAUGUAGUGGUUAUGGAAAAUUCUGGCAUCAUAAACAAAAGCAUCGAAAGGCAUCACGCUAUCAAUGUGAUUUAUGCAGCUACAGUGUCGGCUCAAAUUUCUGUUUAGUGAAGCAUCGUCAAAGUCACAAGAAUCAUGAUAGUCCAGAAAGUUAUGAUAGGAAAAUGGAAGAAUUCAUAGUGAUGAAAGAUUAUUAUUCGGAAGAAAUCAGUGCUAGUGGAAUGUGUGUAGUGGAAAAAGAUGUUGUGAAAGAGGAACGGAAAGACUGUAUAGUAAGUUCCACAAAUGUGCUCUGGCUUAAUUGUCAAAAGGAUGCAAAAACUUAUCAAUUCAAUUUGAGCCGCAUUGCCUCAAAAUUGCCUAAUUUUAAAGCAAUGAAUGACACAGAAUCAUUAACUAAGGUAUUUCGCUGCAAACAGUGUCCCUAUUUUGGGACAGAUGAGGUACUUUUCAAUUAUCACGAAGAAAUGCAUAUCGGACAUCGUCAGUAUGGUUGCAAUUUGUGUACAUACAGUUCUCUUUGUCCGAUUUCUUUACACAGGCAUUUAAACCUACAUUUUCCUUCAUUGCCAUCUCGUUCGGCUGCGAAGAAUAGGAAGCGAUUGCUAAGACAUCGAUAUCAUCAGAGUCCGGAAACGAUCCCUUCAGAUGUUAAAGUUCAUCAGUGCGCAAUAUGCCCUUACAAAACUGCUUAUCACGAUCGCUUCGAGCAGCAUCGUCUUGAUCACGCUCUGCACAUACAGCAACGACUGACAACAUCCAUCAAGCGAGCCGCACAGAAUACUUCUGAACCAUUUGUGAGGCCAAAAAUUCGUCGACCGGAUAAACGCUCAGACAGGCAGUUCACCUGUAGCAGAUGCUCUUUCCGAUGCGAUACGAUCAUAGCAUAUAAUACACAUUUCGAAAAGCACGGGGCAAAAUCAUUCUUCAAGUGCGAACUUUGUGAUUAUUCGUCGGAAACUAAAAAUGUCGUUGAUUUUCACGUUGCCACUCAUCACAUGGAUGUACCCAUUUCAUUUUUUUAUAAAAAAGCUAUCACAAAUCCCGAUGAAUCGCAGAUCAAAUUGAAAGGAGACAUCGACUGCAGGAGAUAUCCUCGACAAGAGCUGAGUUGUUGUCAGUGUGAUUACCGUACGUUUACAAUGGUCGAAUUUGCGCACCAUUGGGAACAAAUGCAUUGUAGUCGGACUCAAAAGGAUGGUCGACGGAUCGUCGAGGAACUCCGUAUGGAUAUGGUGCACUCCAGCUGGAUCAGAACUGUUGACAAUUAAUGGUAGUUGUUGGAUUGUUUUGAGUCCUUCCUUCAUUUAAGAUAUUGCAAUCUUUUAUUCUGUCUAAUAAAGGACUAUGUUGUCAUUUAUCGGGAUUUUUCAUUUGUAUGUAAGACAAUGGUG